AUGAGACGAAGGGUGAAACGUUGGAGAUCGGUUCCACCCCGACAUCAGAACAAAGUUGCCGACGCUGCCGUUUUGUACAAAGCGCUCCUGAAGGUUAAACUCGACCAAGAUCCACCUAGAAUAGAAGAUUUUGACCCAUUCCCGCCCACCUGCUCAUCAUCAGAGGAUCAUGAUCGUAUCUCGCCACCUAACGAGGCACCAUUCAGAGUGCAAGAACCACCAAGCGAUGAAUUUGUGCGAUUCCGUGGUAAUAGCCUAGGCAGUUCCACCAGAGACUACUCGCCUCAUCGUGAAACCCAACUCAACCACAUAUCCUACAACGGUCCGGAGAAAACACCCGAUAUCCACAUUUUGUCAGCACUGCCACCAAGAGCUCCUAUUCGAAAUAGCGUAGCCACUGCCUCACUCCGUUCACGACCGCCUCCACCGCCAUACACUGCCACUGGUCGGCAAAAGCCGCCACCAUAUCCUGGACGAAAUGGUGCAAAUAGUGUAAGUAGAAUUUUCAAUUCACAACUAGCUCCAGAUGUAUGAAA